CGUACGUUAACUGGCAGUACCACCACCACCAUUCCUCUGGAUUUUCUUAUCCUUUCGCCUCGAAAGUUUAAAUUUUCUUUCCAUCCAUGCACAGCGCGCGAGCACACAAACACAAACACAAACACAAACACAAACACACUCUCUUCUUCCUUACUGUCAAUGAAAUCCCAACUCUCACACCCUCACCCUCACACGCUUUCUCCUUCACUCUCAAACCUCCAUUUCCGCACCAAACGCUCUCUCCUUCCACUGCAAACUCUCACAUUUCUCACCCACAAUUCCUUUCUCCGUCUCUCUCCUCAAAACCCAAAUCCAGUGGCUGUUGAAGCGGUGAAAUUCGACGGCCCGGUGGUUGAAAUCGGAGAAUCGUCGGAAGUUGUGGACGGGGAUUUAGCGUUUGAGACCUGCAUUACGCGUACACUGCCUCCGGCGUUGACGCUUGAGCAUGGUCUCCAGAGUAUCAAAGAGGCUGUUGAGAAGUUGAAAUUGGACCCUCCUUCUUCUGCUAGUGGAGUUCUCAGGUUUCAGGUGGCUGUGCCUCCUGGUCCAAAAGCUUUGAAUUGGUUUUGCUGUCAACCGGAGUUGUCAGUGUAUCCUUUGUUUUUUCUCUCCAAGAAUACAGGCAAUCCAACAUAUAAGUCAUUGUAUUUGAAUGGAAGCCGUGGUGUUUUCGGAAUUGGUGCUGCAAUUUACUUUACAAAUUCUUCUUCCUGUACUUCAGGAGAGCAGAAUUUGACCAAAAGAUAUCUUUCAACUGAUUCAACAUUUAUAAUGAUUUAUGGUUUUAUGGAUAUUAAUUUCAACAUUGCAUCUUCCAAGAUGAAUGAGGCUGGUUCUUACCUUUUCAUUCCUCAGAUUGAGUUAGAUGAGUACGAGGGAGUUUCUUUUUUAGCAGCAACACUUGCUUGGAAUAAUUCUUCCCCUUGUUCAUUUGAAGAAGCUGUUCGUUCUUAUGAGAUCUCUCUCAAACAGGCCAGUUGUCAUUCUUGGUUGACUACAGAUAAAUGUCACUCUGAAAGCAUAAGGUCUACUCUUAGAAAGCUCAAAGUUGUGGAGGAUAAAACUGUUACAAUGGUAUACAUGAACCUUCUUUCAAAAGAUGGCAGAGAAGUCAUGGAUGGCAUUAUGGAACUGAAAGAGGGUCCAUCUUCCUAUCAAUUCUGUAUCAGGCUUUCACCAACCAUUACUAUUGCCAGGAACAUGUUGGAUCAUACAAGUGAAAUGUGUUACUCAGCACGAGACUGUGCCAAUAUCAACACUGUUUGGGCAUCACUUAUAAUUGAAGAAUGCUCUCGACUUGGUUUAACGUAUUUUUGUGUAGCUCCAGGAUCAAGAUCAUCUCCCCUUGCUGUUGCUGCUUCCACUCAUCCCCUAAUAACAUGCAUUGCAUGUUUUGAUGAGCGCUCGCUUGCAUUUCAUGCUGUUGGUUAUGCAAGAGGAUCUCACAACCCAGCAGUAGUCAUAACAUCAUCUGGCACUGCAGUUUCAAAUCUUCUUCCUGCUGUUGUGGAGGCUAGUCAAGAUUUUGUACCACUUCUGUUGCUCACUGCAGAUCGCCCUCCUGAGUUGCAGGAUGCUGGAGCAAACCAGUCAAUUAAUCAGGUAAACCAUUUUGGUUCUUUUGUGAGGUUUUUCUUCAGUCUUCCUGCAGCCACUGAUCAGGUUCCUGCACGGGUGUUACUUACCACCAUUGACUCUGCUGUACAUUGGGCAACCUCUUCACCUCGUGGUCCUGUUCAUAUUAACUGCCCUUUCAGGGAGCCCCUGGAAAAUAGUCCAAGUAUAUGGAUGCCAAGCUGUUUGAAGGGAUUAGGCUUUUGGAUGUCUAGUGCUGAACCAUUUACUAAAUAUAUUCAAGUGCGGCAUUCUCAUGUGUGUAAUGAUACUCAUGGCCGAAUGGCAGAGGUUUUAAAUGUUGUUCGAAGGGCUAAGAAUGGGCUUCUACUUAUUGGUGCGAUGCAUACAGAGGAUGACAUAUGGGCAGCUAUUCUCUUGUCCAAACACCUUUCAUGGCCUACUAUUCCUGACAUCUUGUCAGGAUUAAGACUGAGAAAGCUUUUGGCUUUUUCUGAACUUGAACAGGAAUUUAUUUUUGUUGAUCAUCUUGAUCAUGCUCUGCUUUCAGAUUCUGUCAGAGAUUGGUUGCAGGCUGAUGUGAUUAUUCAGGUUGGGAGUAGGAUAACAAGCAAGCGUAUUUCUCAGAUGCUAGAGAAGUGCUCUCCAUGCUCAUAUAUUAUGGUUGACAGCCAUCAAUGUCGUCAUGAUCCUUCACAUAUUGUAACUCACAGGAUUGAGAGUACUGUUGUUGAAUUUGCCAGUUGUUUACUUAAAGCUACAUCUCCAAAUAAGAAUAGCAAGUGGAGCUCAUUUCUACAAAUAUUGAAUAUGAUGGUUGCAUGGGAGAUAUCAUUUCAAAUUAGCACCCACUACUCAUUGACUGAACCUCAAGCUGCACGCACGAUUUCAGAAGUACUAUCAUCCAAGUCUGCUCUUUUCGUAGGGAAUAGCAUGGCAAUACGUGAUGUAGAUAUGUAUGGACACAAUUGGUCAGAAUGUAUUCAUAGUUUUUCAGCCUCAAUGUUGGACUCAGAACUACCAUUCCACUGGUUGCGGGUGGCUGGGAAUAGGGGAGCUAGUGGUAUUGAUGGGUUGCUCAGCACUGCUGUUGGCUUUGCUGUGGGUUGCAACAAACAAGUACUUUGUGUGAUUGGAGAUGUUUCUUUCCUCCAUGAUACAAAUGGGUUGGCAAUUUUAUAUCAAAGGAAAUCACGGAAACCAAUGACGAUAGUUGUGAUAAAUAAUCAAGGUGGUGCAAUCUUCAGUCUUCUUCCAAUUGCAGAGAGAACUGACCCAAGUAUUCUGAACGAAUACUUUUACACCUCUCACAAUGUUUCAAUCUGCGGGCUGUGUAAGGCACAUGGUGUGAAGCAUUCACUAGUGCAGACAAAGAGGGAGCUUCAAGAUGCAUUAUUGGCAUCCCAAUACGAUGAGAUAGAUUGUGUAAUUGAAGUAAAGAGCUCCAUUGAUGCCAAUGCCACCUUCCACAGUAAUAUAAGAAAAUUUGCAAGCCAGGCAUCAAAUCAUGCUUUUAGCAUCCUCUCGAGACUUUCAGUUCAAGAUUCCAUUUCACAUGAAGGCUUUAUUUGCAAGAUUUCUAGAAUGGAGUGCUCACGGUUUAGAAUUCCACUAUGCACUCCACCCACUUUGAAUCUGGUUGACCAUGAAUGUACCAAGUUUUAUAGAGAAGGUUAUAUUUUGUCUUUAUAUCUUGAAGAUGGGAGUGUCGGGCUUGGUGAGGUAAAGCUCUGGAAGGUUGCACCUUUUGAAAUCCACAGAGAAAGCCUGCUUGAAAUUGAACAGCAACUCAUAUUUCUUCUUCAUGUUUUAAAAGGAGCUAAAAUUAGUUGCUUCCUUCCUCUGCUAAAGGGUUCAUUUUCUUCUUGGAUAUGGAACAACUUGGGAGUCCCACCAUGUUCAAUCCUUCCAAGUGUCAGAUGUGGCUUAGAAAUGGGUAUCCUUAAUGCCAUAGCAGCCAGACAAGGUUCCAGUUUAUUAAACACACUACAGCCCCAAAUUGAUGAGGGAGAUAAAUCUGGAAGGUCAUCAAAAGUUAAGAUUUGUGCCCUUCUUGACUCCAAUGGAACUCCUUUGGAAGUGGCUUAUGCUGCUACAGGUCUUGUUGAAGAAGGAUUUACUGCAAUAAAGCUUAAAGUAGCACGUAGGGGAGGUCCUAUUCAUGAUGCUGCUGUAAUACAAGAAGUAAGGAAGAUGGUUGGAUGUCAGAUAGAACUCCGUGUAGAUGCAAAUCGUAACUGGACUUUUGAAGAAGCUAUAGAAUUUGGUUCUUUCGUAAAGGAUUGUAACCUGCAGUACAUUGAGGAACCUGUUCAGGAUGAAAAUGAUAUUAUUAAGUUCUGUGAAUACAGUGGCCUGCCCGUUGCACUGGAUGAAACUAUUGGCAGCAUUCAGGAAAAUACUCUUGAAAAGCUUGCGAAGUAUUCUCACCCAGGGAUCGUUGCUGUUGUUAUCAAACCAAGUGUCAUUGGUGGAUUUGAAAAUGCUUCAUUGGUUGCACGCUGGGCACAAAACCAGGGAAAGAUGGCUGUUGUCAGUGCUGCAUAUGAAAGUGGCCUGGGUUUGUCAGCAUAUAUUCAGUUUUCUUGUUAUCUUGAGCUGCAGAAUGCAGACAUAUGCAAGGUGAUAAAAAGUGAACGUGUCCCAUCUAUAGCCCAUGGUCUGGGAACAUACCGUUGGCUUGAAGAAGAUGUUACUACUGAUCCUCUCAGGAUUGAUCGUGAUCCGUAUAGUGGUUUCAUAGAAGCUUCUGUUUCUGAAGCUAACCGGUUUCUGCAGAAAUUUCAAAUUAACCACAAUACCAUUUGUAGCAAGCUUACUGGGAAGCAAGUUAAUGGAUACCAGUUGAUUGUAGAUACAAGGGGUUUCUCUUGUUUCCUCAAAGUUUAUGAGGUUGGAGAAAGAACCAAUGAUAAUGUAGUUUUAUUUCUUCAUGGAUUUCUUGGGACUGGUGAAGACUGGAUUACUGCCAUGAAGGCCAUAUCAGGUUCAGCAAGAUGCAUUUCUAUUGAUCUUCCUUCUCAUGGGGGAUCGAAGAUACAAUAUCAUGGUGCCAAUGAUUCUGCACAAGACCCAACUUUUUCAAUUGAGGUGGUUGCAGACAUAAUAUAUAAAAUGAUUGAUCAAAUUACUCCUGUAAAAGUUAUUUGUGUUGGAUACUCAAUGGGAGCAAGGAUCGCAUUGCACAUGGCCCUGAGAUUUAGUAAUAAGAUCAAAGGAGCUGUCGUAAUAGCUGGAAGCCCUGGUUUAAAAGAUAAAGUAGCAAGAGAGGUUCGUAGGGCCAAAGAUGAUUCCAAAGCAUGCUCACUUGUUGCUCAUGGCUUACAACUCUUUAUGGAGAACUGGUAUGCUGGAGAUCUGUGGAAAAGCUUAAGAAGCCAUCCCCAUUUCAAUCAAAUAUUCACCAGCCGCUUACAGCAUGAUGAUGUGCAGAGCCUUGCAAAAUCUCUGUCUGACUUGAGUGUUGGGAGGCAGCAGCCAUUGUGGGAAGACUUGAAGCAUUGCAAAACGCCCCUUUUGCUCAUUGUUGGGGAGAAUGAUACGAAGUACAAGACAAUUGCUCAGGAAAUGUUUUGUGAAGUUUGCCAUGGUUUGAAGAGUGGAGAUAAUCUAUGGAAUGAGAUCCAUGAGAUAGUUGAGAUUCCCAACUGUGGCCAUGCUGUCCAUCUGGAAAACCCACUUCCUGUAAUCAGUGCAUUGAGACAAUUUCUAACCAGGUUGGGCAAGAGUUCAUUUCCAAUCAAGAGUGGUAUAGAGAUUAGAGAGCUGUAAGUCCGUAACCUUGUUAUAGUCAGAUGCAAUAUGACGGCUGAUGAUACUGCAUACAAAUCAUCUGAUGGAACUCACGUUUAAUUCAUGGCAUAGACUUUACCAAGCUUGUAGGUUCUCAUGCCAGUCUCAUGGAUUCUUAGGAAUGUGCUUCUAAUUUUUACAUUUGGUACUUCUCAUAAACUAUUGUGAAGAUAAACACCAAUUCUGUGUCCUCCGUGUCUAUUUUUGGCAGACCCUUUUUCUUAUACUGGAAAUGAUAGAAGGAAAACCAUUUCUAGAUGAGGUCAGAAAGCCCAAAUGCAGUUGCAGAAUAAUGUUCAACACCGUAUCCGCAUGGUAGUUCAGUAACAUGUUUUGUACCAUAAAAUAUCGUACUCUUUUUUAAGCGUCUUCACAAGAAAAAUUGGGUGACAAUGAAUGUGAUUGGUGAAUUUCAACUACUGAAUAUAUAAAUGUUUGAUUUAUUUUUUAUUUUA